UCCGAUUCCUCGUCGCAGUGCGAUACGGUCGAUAGAAGCAAGCCACGUAGUGUAUAGCCACGGUGGUUGCAUUGAGAAUUGCAGUAACGAAUGCGACGACGCUACCGCAUGGUAUAUACGAGGGUCACCCCCAAGCACCACGGAUCACUUUACGUGUUUCUCCCCUCUUGUUGUCAGGCCGAGCUCGUUCAUUCCGCUCGUGGAUGCUGAAGAAGUCGCGACCACGUGAACGAAACAUUAUACAGUUAAUUUCGGAAUGUUCAUCGUGGAGUGUUCAUCAGUAUAUUAUUAUUCAGUAAAACUUCACUAUGUGUGGUGCAAAGAAUAAUUUUUGCAUGAAAAAACUGUGUAUAGUUUUACAAUUGUAUUAACUGUUUUAUACAAAGAAACGUGUUUUGCGAGUUAAUCGAAAGUUUUUGCGAUACCUUUUAAUAAUUCCGCUUUUGCAAAAGUUCAAGAUAAUUCAGUUUUUUUCCAUUGUCUGCUAUCGACCUCGGGGAUACAAUAGUCGUAUGGAAAUUUUACGCAUUUAUAUGAGUUACUAAGGCUCAUUAUACCUGGCAACUUGGAAAACAAAAAAGGCAUUUCCAGAGUGUAAAGAAUCUUUAACGAGACCGCGGACAAUCGGUCGUCGGAGAAAUCGGAAACGACCGAUUCAUCACAGUCACGUGAAUAUCUUUUAUCUGCAAGCUGGUUGACAAUUACGUUGACAAUUGAAAGAAUUUUGGGUAGAUCGAUCGUUUCAGACAAUUGCUCAGAGUGGGACCGUAACACAAUCGUAAUUACAAACUUGGGGCAAGAAGAAGGUGUAUAAACGAGUAUAAGAAAGAACCGAAUUGAAAAAAAUAAGAGGAAGAAGGUGUAUAAACAAACACGCUUGAACGAGCAUCAGUCAACUAUAAAGUCUCGAACAGAAGCGUCACCUUUACCGUGACAUUGGAUACUGCUGUGAAAGCUGUUUACGUAUCAAGCCGACGUUGAUAUCGGAAUUCACGAAUUCACGUCACGUUACGACUUUUCGAAUCGUGACACGAGGGACCACUAACCUUGAAAAGAGACACGUUCCUCUCUUACUUCUGGUUCCGGAUCGUCGAACGAUAAAUUACGAUUUGCAUCGGAAAGUUCGCGUGCAUAUCUGCUGAUUCAAAAUAAUGCCGGCUACGUCAAAAUUUUUGAGUUCAUUUUCCACGGGAUAUCGCGAAGAUACAUCUUCCUCUCAACUUGAAGGGAUUACGCGCGCGUGCGGGUUGCAGGCUGCAACUUAAAAAAAGUGGAAGUUCGAAAGACGUGGAUGUAGAAACGAAGUACUCUAUUCUGCGAAGUAUCGAUCGACCUGCAUCUUGAAGAGGAUGCUCCCUUCGGUCUCGUAGAAAUUCUCGUUGUAGUCACGUGUCGCGACGUGGAACGGCGACGAUAGACGCAGCGCGAGGAGAAAACCGAGGACGGAGAUAGUGAGUGGGCGAGCAAGGAAGAGAGACAUAUAUUUUCCGACAGGCGACACCGCGACGCCGCCAUGGAAAAUCGAUUCGUCGCCACCGACCACCACCCCGCCGCAACCACCCGUCGCAGUGCAAUGACCUCCAAACCGGGAAGAUCUUACAGCGUGAGGUCUCCGCGAAUCGGAGGUCCUCUUUCGCAAUCGCUGGCUAUGAUCCCUCCGACCAUGCACGGGCAUGAGUUUAAUCAACCCUUGUCGAGGGUGGUUAUGGUCCGUAAAACGGAUCAAAGGACAUUCAGCAAAGGGAGACGGGGCGGUGAACCUCUUUUGGAAACUGUUACCAGGGAAACCGUCGAACUCUUUAACGGCGGUCGAGCCGAAAGGAAAUAUACAUCUGAAACGAGGGACAUCGUUACACCAAAAUCUAGCAGUGUGAGUCGUUGCUCUUGUAGUAUGCCAUCGCUCAACGUGCACGGAACGAAAAAGAAGGUGGUCGGUUUUGUCGAUCAAGUGUCGUCUGACAGGUCGAGGACAGAUUCGGUAAGGUCGAAGUCUCCGUUGAUGGCAUCACCAGCAUCGCCCGGCCCAUUGUCGAAUUCCUUGCACGGUAGUUUUCACGGCAGUCUAGGAAGCGAUGGUAUGUCUUGCAGCAGCGCUAGGUCUUCCUCGGCAUCUCCUGAUUCCGCGAGAUAUUCGUCCUCACAGAUAACAAAGAUUGACACGCGUAAACCGUCUGUACGCAGAUCGGGGCCGCCAAAGGAAUUUAUAAACGUCUGCCUCGACACGCAUAAUUUCUACCGAUCCCGGCAUGGAGUACCGCCGUUACGACUCAGCAAGCAGCUGUGCAAAACAAGUCAAGACUGGGCAAAUAUAUUGGCGGCUAGAGGUAGAUUAGAACACAGGGCAAAUAUUGACUAUGGAGAGAAUCUCUAUUGCAUGUGGAGCUCCAAUCCAAAGACAAUCGUUGGUGGCGAAGAACCGGUGAAUGAAUGGUAUGCUGAAGAGGCUCAACAUCAAUACGGGAAGGAGCCUACAACAUUGAAGACUGGUCACUUCACACAAGUGAUCUGGAGGGACAGUACUGAGUUAGGGGUGGGAAUGGCUAGGAAUCGAAAUGGCGAAGUCUACGUUGUGUGUAAUUACAAUCCCGCUGGGAAUUUCUUAGGCAGUUUCACGGAGAACGUUCUUCCACCCGUGGAUGCUGCGAAACAGACUAAUUUUACCGACCUAAAGCAACACUACAUAGACGAGCAAACGUGGCAGCAGGAGGCAUUGCUGGUUCACAAUGAGUAUCGAAGGAAGCAUCGUGCACCGGAUUUAAGAUUGAAUUCAGAAUUAACAGCCGCUGCCAAGGCCUGGGCAAACACGUUGCUAAACACAAAUAAACUGAUACCUCAAUCGUCGUCUCCGUAUGGCGAAAACAUUUAUUCGAUGCAGUGUUCCGAUCCUAAACUGGUCGUUUCUGCACGUGAAGUUAUUUCAAAGUGGUAUUCCGAGAAAAAAGAACAUAAAUUUGGCAUCGAGCCAAAAGUUCUCAACACAUGCCAUUUUACGCAAAUUGUCUGGAGAAACACAACCGAAAUGGGUAUUGCUAUGGCCAAGCGAGAUGGUACAUGUGUUGUAGUGGCAUGUUACCAUCCGAGAGGUAACAUAGUAGGACAGUUCACUGAAAACGUACUGAAGCCUAUAAAGAGUAUCUGUUAGCUAGACUCAUUUCUGUCGAUAAUGUAUUUAAACCCUGUAUUUAUGUAUCAUGCAAAUGAACGAUGUUACGCAUAAUAUAUGUAAUGUACAUAUAACACUUGUGCAUAUACACGUAUAAUAAACAUUCCACAUACAAAUAUUUUUAA